AUGGAGCCCGGGCUGUGGCUCCUCUUCGGGCUCACGGUGACCUCCGCCGCAGGACUGGUGCCUCGCCCCCAGCCUGGGGGCGCUGGCCGGAGCGGCGUGCCUGGCCGCCCCCCUGCAGCCAGCUCUGAGGGGGACAUCAAGGACACCGUGGCCACAACAGCUGUGCGGAGCCCGAGUCCCAGAAGCCCGGGGCAGGAGGGGGAGCCAGGGCGGUCUGGGGAGCCGGCGACCCGGGGGGGCCCUGUGCACCACCGAGCAAGGCGCUGCACGUGCUUCACCUACAAGGACAAGGAGUGUGUUUACUAUUGCCACCUGGACAUCAUCUGGAUCAACACUCCCGAACGGACUGUGCCCUAUGGACUGUCCAACUACAGAGGAAGCUUCCGGGCCCGGAGGUCUGCAGGGCCGUUCCCGCGGAGCCCACAGCCGUCCAAGCGGACACUGCGCUGCGCUUGUGUGCGGAGCCAGGACAGAGCCUGCCUGCACUUCUGUGCCCGCACCCUGGCUGUCAGCAGAAGCUCAGGGACAGCGAAGAAUCCUGAGAAGGAGGAGGAGCCAGCCGGCGGUGCCGACGGAGGCCUGCGUCCAAGGAGGUGA